ACUGUCAGCGCCGGCCAAUCAGAGAGCGCAGUCCCCCUCCACGAGACGAAGGGAGUCGAAUCCCUUCGUUCGUUUCCGCCACCGGAGCCCCGAUGGCUGAUAUCGGGGCCGAGCCUCUUCGGCAGCUUCCGGAAACCCGGAAGGGAAACAGCCGAGCGCCUUCGGUUACCUCCGGCGAGGUGGGCUGCCGAAAGAAAGGGUGAGCGCACGGAGCGGUCCUCAGCCGGUAUGCGGCUAUUCUCGCGAGCUCUCCGCGCGGCCCGAAGCUGCCGGGCAACCGCACUGCCUGCCUGCAGCUACCCAGCGGUGUCCGACAGGGGCAGCGCGGCGGCAAUACGUCCGCAGCAGCCGCGGCGUGGGCUGAGCGCCCGGCCUCGCUUAGACGAACUGUUCGCCAUCCCCUCCUUAAGCCGCCUCCUGGAGGCGCGGGUGCAGGGCGAGGCAGGGACGGAGCUGGCGGCGCGGAUCCAGCGGCUGCGUGACAAGGAACGGGAGCUGCGAGACACGCGGGAGCUGGCACUACAAGAUGAGAGUGAAGAUCUGCGGAAACUUGCAGAAAGGGAAAUCGUUUCCUGUGAAGAAGAGAUAGCUGAACUGAAACACCAGAUAGUAUUGCUUUUGAUUCCUUCAGAAGAAACAAACAGUGAUCUUGUCAUGGAAGUAACUGCUGGAGUCGGAGGACAAGAAGCGAUGCUGUUCACUUCAGAGAUAUUUGAUAUGUAUCGACGAUACGCUGCCUAUAAAAAGUGGAAAUUUGAAAUAUUAGAAUAUUUUCCCAGUGAAAUAGGUGGCCUAAGACAUGCAGUUGCCAGUAUUGCAGGCCUUGAUGCUUACAAGUACAUGAAAUUUGAAGGAGGAGUGCAUCGUGUUCAGCGGGUGCCAAAGACAGAAAAACAAGGGCGCAUUCACACCAGCACAAUGACUGUUGCAAUAUUACCCCAACCCACUGAGAUGGAGCUGAAAAUUAAUCCAAAAGAUUUGCGAAUAGAAACGAAGAGAGCUAGUGGAGCUGGAGGGCAGCAUGUCAAUACCACAGACAGUGCUGUACGGAUAGUUCAUAUUCCAACAGGAGUUGCAUCUGAAUGUCAGCAAGAAAGAUCUCAAAUUAGAAACAAAGAGAAGGCUAUGCAAAUGCUAUGUGCUAAACUAUACAACAUCAAACUAGAAGAAGAAACCAAAAAGAGAAACAGUGUUCGAAAGAUUCAAAUUGGAACUAAAGGAAGAUCAGAGAAGAUCAGAACAUACAACUUUCCACAGGACCGGAUUACUGACCACAGGAUAAGCAGAUCAGUGCAUCAUAUUGAGUGCUUCAUGUUAGGGGAAGAAAUGCUAGAUGAAAUGAUACAAACUCUGAAGGAAUACGCUAAUUAUGAAUCUCUAAUGGAAAUUAUUUCAGGACAUGAAAAAUGAAUCUUGCUCUUUGUCAAGCCGUGUCUACAGGUACAGAUACUCGCCUGCAUAAGAACUUCUUGGAGCACCAUUCAGAGAACAGAACUGUUUUUCAGAUAAUGAAAGCUGGUUUCCUCGUGGCUGAUAAACAGUAUUUUUACUGAUUGAGUAAAACACCUUGUUGCUGCUGCAGUGUGCUUAAAGUAAUUUGACUGGGCCAGAUGUAACUGCAGUUUUUAACUUCUCCACUGAGAAGAUACUGAUACACCACUCUCAAAAGGUAUGCAUUAAAAAUGAGCUUUUCUAGUUCCAAGUCUUGUUCAAACAAUAGUUUCAACAUCACCACAGUAUCAAAUAGCUUAGUCAAGAUAACAAAAAAAAAAAAUCCUGUUUUGUUUAGUAAUAUGAAGAAAGUGAUAAAUUAAUACACUACUAAUCUGCAGAUUUGUUAAUUACUUAUACGUGGUAUGGAAGAGGGAGUUCUUAUAAAUCAAGCAGAAAGAAUUGUAUAGGAAUAUUCUUUGUUCCAGCAAGAGUUCUAAAAGAAAAGUCACUAGUUUUAUGAAUUCUUUUUAAAAAGAAUGUUUCUGUUCUUGUGUCAGAACAAAAAAAAAAACCAACAACAAAAUUGGGUGGCUGUCUUGAAGGCUGAUACAAUUUCAGUCUCCAUUUCUAGACAGUUUAUCUUUUGUUUUUAAUUGGAUCUACAUUUUACUGAUAUUUUUUUUUCCUCUCAAGUUUACAUAAUAUGAGUGACUGCUCACUGUUUUAAACUGUUCAGUUUAACAGUGUCUUAAAACAUUUGUACAAAGCAUAAGAACUGCCUUUUUCAUCUACUUAUACAGGUACACAUUCCUAUCUGAGGUUAAAUAAGACUGCAUUUUACAAUCUUAAGUAUUUGUGGUAAUACAAAACUUGCUGCCUUCAUGCUAUGUUAGCCCAUCAUUCAUUGUAGAUAUAUGUGUGUAUACACACACAGAAUGUAUUCAGAGUACCAGUAAAUAAGAAAUGAGAACCUAAGGAAAAUAUUACCAUGAAUUUUGUUGUUUACUUUGAGACUUAUUAGCAUAAGAAAUUAGAGUAAGAAAUAAGUAAAUGCAGGAGUUUGCUACAGUUAGCUUAUAGAAACAUGGCUAAGCAUGCUAUAUAAAAUUUGACGAGGAAAAAAAACAAAACUGAUCAUUAUCAGUUUAGCAUAUCAAAGAAUAGCUUAAGUUAGAGGGACCUUAAAGAUCGUCUAGCUCCAACCCCCUGCCAUGGUAGUGUUGCCAGCCACUAGACCAGGCUGCCCAGGGUCCCAUCCCACCUGGCCUUGAACCCCUCCAAAGAUGGAGCAUCCAGAACCUCUCUGGGCAACCCAUUCCAGCUUGUCACCAUCCUCUGAGUAAAAAAAAACUUUUUCCUAACAUCUAAUUUAAAUGAACCUUCAUUUAGUUUAAAGCCUUUCCUCCUUCUCCUAUCACUAUCAGACCAUGUAAAAUGUCAGUCCAUGUCCUGCUUGUAAACUUUCUUUAAAUACUGGAAAGCCACAUAAGAUCUUCCCAAGCCUACUCCAAGCUAAACAAGCUCUACUCCCUUGACCUUUCUUCAUAAGAGAGGUCCAGCCCUUUGUUUGUCUUCGUGGCCUCCUCUGGACCUGCUCUGACAGCUCCACAUCCCUCCUGUGCUGGGAGCCACAGGCUUGUACACAUUACUCCAGACAGAACCUCACAAGGGCAGAGUAGAGGGAGACAAUCACUGCUCUUUCCCUGCUGGCCAUCCCUCUUUUGAUGCAGCUGGCUUUCCGAGCUCCAAGAGCACACUGCUGUCUCAUGUACAGCUUUUUGUCCAUAGAACCCCCAAAUCCUCCGCAGAGCUGCUUUUGAGUUUGGCUCCCAGUCUAUUCUUAUAUCUGGGAUUGCCUCAACCCAAGCGAAACAACUUGCACUUGGCCUUGUUGAACCUCAUCAGAUUCUUGAGUGCCUGCUUUCUGUGUGUGUCCAGGUCCCUCUGGAUGGUGUCCCUCCCUUCUGUUGUUUCAACUGUGCCACUCAGCUUGCUGUCAUCAGUGAACUUGCUGAGAGUACAUUCAAUCCCACUGUGUUGUUCAUUUCAUUUUAAGAUUGCAGUUUGAAUUGGAUGCAUUUCAAAUACAAGUAUUGACUCAGUAUCAGCUUUGUUUUAUAUCAAAUAUAGCAUGGUAAGAAAGACCACGUUCCAAGUAUUCAAAUUAAAGUCGUAUAUAUUACC